UGAAUCGAUUGUCCUCAGCAUUUACCUCGUAUGACUUAGUAUCCUCUCACGCCUUGUUGUACCUACUUAUCUCAUAUUCGCUCACGGCUCAAUUACAGCUUCCUCCUGUACAUGCCUGCCCGCUCCACAACCUUCUCUACCCUCCGCGUCCCGAGCAGACUAUUUACUCUUCUCCCUACCGCUUCUCGCCCUCUCCCUUCCCCGCACCUGGACUUCUACCAGCUACUCAUCCCACGACGACGAGCAACUGUCCGAGCAUUCUCGCAAACCCUCCACAAAAUGUCCUCCCUUUCCGCCAUGUCCAAACGCCUCGAAGGCAAGACCGUCCUCGUCACGGGCGCCAGCUCGGGCAUCGGCAAAUCGGUCGCGCAAGAGUUCGCACGCACAUCCCCCAACAACCUCAAGAUCAUAAUCACCGCGCGGCGCAUCGACACCCUGAAAAAGGUGGCUGCCGAGAUAACCCAGGAAGUCGGACAGGGCGUCAAGGUCCUCCCCGUGCAACUGGACAUCAGCAAGCCCGAGGAGAUCGCGUCCUUCGUACCGAACUUACCCGACGAGUUCAAGGACAUUGACAUCCUAGUGAACAACGCGGGUCUCGUCAAGGGUGUGGACAAGGCUCCCGACAUCAAGGCCCAGGAUAUCGAUGUCAUGUUUGCCACGAAUGUCACGGGCCUGAUCCACAUGACGCAGGCCGUGCUUCCGAUUUUCAAGAACAAGAAUGGCGGUGCCGACGGCGGACGCGGCGAUGUCAUUAUGAUCGGCAGCAUCGCUGGACGCGAGGGCUAUCCUGGCGGGAGUAUUUAUUGUGCAACAAAGGCUGCUGUCAGGACGUUCACGGACGCGCUGAGAAGGGAGUUGAUCGCCACGAGGAUCAGGGUCAUUGAAAUUGACCCGGGCCAGGUCGAGACGGAAUUCUCAGUCGUCCGCUUCUACGGCGACAAAGCCAAAGCCGACGCCGUGUACAAGGGUGUCGAGCCGCUCACACCUGACGACAUCGCCGAGGUCGUAGUAUUCGCUGCUGGGCGGAGAGAAAACGUCGUAUUGGCGGAUUCCUUGAUCUUUCCAAAUCAUCAGGCAGCGGCGACGGUUAUGCAUAGAAAAUCAUGAGCUUGAGACGCAUUGGAUGAGCAUGGUAGGCCGCAGGAUUCUCGAAAUCACUGUACAUAUACGGCUGUCCCGACAUAGAGCGGCAGUUGUGUAUGAUAUCCCGAAUGAUAGAUCGCGCCGGAAGAAUCAAGAACAAACAGUGAAUACUUGGGCAUCUGUGACAUGUGCAACAAAUAUACGGAUACUGGUCUAUAGGAAGAACAGCUAUCGAACCAGCAAAAGUCCACCUAUAUCCAGCCAAGCCUUCAAAUUCUUUCGCUUGGCCAUUGGCACAUAGGCCCCUACCAGUUUUGGAGCGCCGUCUUGCAAUUCAUAUUCACAGCAUGAAAAUCGUAAAUUAUGCAUGACCUCGUGGCAUUGAGCAGCAAACUGACAUCUUCAAAUG